UUCAAUUUUGUUGGAAAAUUGCUUGGCCCAAAAGGAAGCUCCUUGCAACAAUUACAAGAAGCUACUCAAACAAAGAUGGCUAUUCUUGGACGUGGAUCUAUGAGAGAUAAGAAAAAGGAGGAAGAACUUCGUAACCAAGGUGAUCCAAAAUACGCUCAUUUAAAUGAUGAGUUGCAUGUUGAAAUUACUGCAUAUGCUGCACCCGCUGAAGCAUAUCGUCGUAUGGCCUCAGCAAUUGCUGAAGUGCAAAGAUUUUUAAUACCUGAAAAUGCACAGCCAUUCGGAGGUGGUCAAGAAUAUUUUGACGAAAUGCACCCACCUCAAUACAUGAAUGAUGGCAAGCCAAAACCUCCGUUUGCAGCUGAUGGGCCAUCAAUGAGAGGGGGUCCACCAAUGCCCCCCAGACCUAUGGGCCCACCGAUGAUGGCUGGCCGCGAAGGCCCCCGUAGGCCUGCACUUGCACAGAGCACCUAUGCCAGUGAGGGAGAAGAGUGGGGAGCUCCCAGGCCUUCCCCCAGACGAGGUGGAUUCAGUGGCGCAGCUCCUGCUCCUCGACCUGUAGCUCGGGGUUAUGAAGAGCCUGCAAAUGAUUAUAACAGUUAUGGUGAAAGUUAUGGUGAUUAUAAUUCAGGAAAUGCUGUAUCCUACUAUGACUAUUCUGCUGAUGAUGCAGGAUAUGCUGAUGGCUACGCAGAUGAGUCUCGUGGACCAGUUAGAAAUGCAGGGGGUGCUCGAGGCAGAGGUGCCGGAAGACUUAUGACUCAUCCAUAUGGUGGUACUGCACGACGUGGAUACUAAACUGAUACAUUACACUUUGUUUUUACCAUCAUAGUACUGUUCAUUGAUAAAACAUAAUCACAUAUUCGAAGUUGGUAGUUCAACUCUCACUGUAUUACAUUGGGUUUAAUUAUGAUCAAGCAUUUUUGUGCCGAAAUACAAAUUCCAACUCAUAACAGUAUAAAGCUGGCGUUUAUUUCAUCAUUCUUUAAAAAAAAAAAAUGUCAUUUUCACAUCAAUUAUCAAUAAAUUGAUUUCA